CGAGGAACGUCACUAUUAAUUAUUUUGAAAACUGUCAAUUUCCGCAUACAAAAAUAAUUCGUGAUUGUGAAGGUAUUUGUCUGUGAAAAAUAUUUAUUUAAAAAUGAGUUUUCGUGAAGAAGACAGACAAAAGAGUAAUUGUCCUAGCCGAGGACUUGGUCUUGCGGCGGCGGCGAUUGGCGUCGGAGUUGGGGCUGCUCUGUACUACUUCUUCAGCAAGAGGCAGGAGAAUCCUGAUGGGGAAGCUUCAGUUGCUUCCGCUUGGCAAAACGUUACGUUCAGGACUGGAUGUGAUUGUCAAUCAAACAUGGACAUUGACUCUGAUUCUUAUUCAACAAUAUCCGAAGAUGAGACAACCGACACCAGCAUGAAUACAGAUUCUAUUGAUCCAAAUUCGAUCACAUCAAACUCUGAUACAAUGUCCGUAGAUAGCUUAGAAUCUGAUAUAAGUGAGAGUGAUAGUGAAUCAGGGGAUUAUUCAUCUAAUUUAUCCGAAUGGGACAUGACAGACUCUAGUAUGCAUAUUAAUGAGUACUCGUUUACUUCAACACCAAUGUUACUACGAAUAACCAAUAGUAUAUCAUCCAUGAUAAGUCCUAGACGUGGAAAUCGUGAGUUGACGGAAGAACAGCAAAUGGAAAUCCUUAGAGAACAAGCUUUUCGCGAACGUAACUGGGUGACUGAAGAAUGUUCGAUAUGCUUCGAGGUGAUUCAACGCAGUCAAGAGGUGAUGACUCUCCCCUGUUCGCAUAACUUCCAUCAGGCCUGCAUCCUACCCUGGCUCCAGGAGCAGCAGACUUGCCCUAACUGCAGAAAGCGUACCGAAUAGGAUAAUAGCGUCCAUGACUUUGCAGCAGGAGCAAUGCGUUCAAUUCUGCUGGUUCAGGAUUUGAAGACCCACUUGUAUUGUUCUUAAGCAUAUAUUGAUGUAUAUCUGAAAUUCUUCAUAUAUAUGACAAAUUAUUUAAUCUGUGAUAUCAAUUUUUCUUUUUUUUUCUGUAUUUUGUCUAAACUGACAUGUCUUAAGGCUGUUUACUCUUUGACAUAGAUUAGUUGGCUGAUUCUGUUACUUUUUAGGUUAAUUGUUUUUUUUUCUUUUCUUUUUUUUAAAUAGUCUAGUCAUUCUUUUUCAGGUAUAUACCAAUUGUUAACUAAUGCUUGUUUGCUGCUGGAAAUUAUAUAAUUUUGAUAAUAUAAACAAAUAUGUAUAU